UGAGGUGGCUAGGAAGCAGGCCUUGGAGAAGGAGAUGGCGGCGAAAAAGGCUAUGGAUCAGCCUUUGAAGUCUCAAGGUCCUGAGGUCACCAGGCCAACCAGCACCGGCCCUGUUCUUACUUCGAAAGGGUCCGGUCGCUACUCUUCUAGUGGCGCGAGCUCUGGUGGAGCCGGGGGUUAUAACCCUAACGUGAUAGGGGCGAAAGAUACCGUUGGGGAUAUCUACUACAAGACAUAUACCGAAGAAGAGCGCGGUGAUGUCCUCCAUCAAGCCCCCUGGAGCUUAAAACAGAAGGAUACAUUUAUUGAGUUUGGCGCUUCACGCGAAUGGUUUUUGAAUUCCUUCCCCCCUGGUGAGGUCAACCGGCAAAGGGCAAAACCCCAUGAGAUGUUAUAUCGUACUUAUAUUCUUGGGGAGGCCAAUGCCCGCGCUGCCAACCACCAGAUUGUUCGCGAAUGGCGAACGAUGGUUCGGGAGCGCGCUGACUGGGAGGCUUAUCGCGAGCGUAUGCUGAAGCGAAUUGCGGACUUUGAGAAGUCGAAAGCUGCGUUUGACGAAGAAAGGGCCAAGUUUGAGGCCGACAAGAAGGCGGAGGAGUGGGGCCGCGAGGGGCUGCAGAAAAAACUCCACAAUGCUGAGGAGCAACUGGCCAAGGAGAAGGCCGAGUUCAAGCGAAUAUGCGCCCAAGACAACGAGCGUACUUAUGCUCUACGACAGAAGAUCGUUGGUCUUGAGGCUAAAGUUGCGGACUUGACCUCAGCGGUGGAGGAAGCGCAGGGUGAAAAAACUGCCAAGCAGCAGAUGGAGGUUGAGCUGACUGAAGCCAAGGUGCAAUUGUCUAACAAGGACAAGGAUCUCCAUGCCAAGGACGUUGAGAUAGCGGAACUCAAACGUCGCUUGAAUGAGCAAAUCGACAGAUGCGAGUCCUUGGAGAUUGACCUUGAGGCUGAGAAGGUCAAGGCUGCUGAUGCUGAGGAGGCGCGUGCUGUGAGCACUGCCGCGCUGAACGUGGCCCAAACCAACUACUCUGAGGCUCAAGGUAUCGUCGAUACACUUGUCUCAGAAGCGGAGUGGAUGCGCACUCGUGGAGUAGUGUUGGUUGCCAACUCCAUCUUGAAUGCGAACGAGUUAGAUCGCGCCGUGGCGGCUUUGACAGAUGCGGCGCGUGCGGUGGGUCACCGAGGAGGCUAUCUGGAGUGUGCUGAUCAUGUUGAGCAAAUGCUUGGGCAAGAAUUUGACACAAGCCAUUGCUCAGUAACAGAACGUGCCGAUGCUGCGCUUGCAAGUGCUGAAAAUUCCUAUGACAACCUCUCCUUGCCUAUCAUGGAGUUGGUUGUCGAAUCGUUGAAGAAAGACGACUGGUGCCAGCGUCUUAAGGCAAUCCUCGAUCCACCAGUUACCGUCGAGGUGUCUGACGAAGAGCCCGCCGGUGACGACGGUGAUGAUGGCAAUGAUGAUGAUGGUGAAGACGACGGAGAUGAUGGUGAUGAUGGUCGCGAAGAAUAGGAUAGUUUGUUGAGUAGAUAGUGGAUAGGCAUUGGUGCCUUUGUAAUUUCUUUGAUAGUCUUAUGUAUGGUGCUGCGCAGUUGCGCAAGAUGUUAAUGAAACCCUUUGUUUUUUCUGUUGCAA